GAACCAAGCGUCGGAGAUGUGUGUGGUGACUGGGAGCUGGAUGGUGGACGCUCUGCUGGUGGUCCUGCCUCUAGCGUACUGGCACCGCAGGCGCAACUUUUUCUUCUGGGAGAAGCUGGGAGUGCCUUACUUGAAGCCCACGUCGUUCCUCGGCAACAUGGGUGGGAUGGCGAUCGGAGAGCAACACGCCGGAGAUCCCAUAUACGACUGCUACCUGGAGGCUGCUGAUGCGCCCUUCAUGGGCAUGUUCGCAUUCGGCAAUCCGCUGCUCAUGGUCAAGGACCCGGAACUGUUGUCUCGUGUGCUGGCGACGGAUUUUCCAGCAUUUAACAGCCGUAACUUCGCUGUCGGAAGUGACUCACUGUUGACAAAGUCUGUCUUGGGUGUAAAUGGAGACAGAUGGGAAACGCUGAGGACGAAGCUGGCGCCAGUAUUCACUCCCGGCAAGAUAAAGGCGAUGUUCCCACUGAUGGAGGACGUUGGACAGGACUUGGUGCAGCACCUCGCUGCCGAAGUUGAGAAAGGUACCGGUGCUUGUUUUUCUAGCAGCAAGACGUGA